AUGCUGAAGACCGGUUCUUCGCACCAGGUACGUGCGCUCAUUGAUCCCGGGUCUGAACUCUCAUUUGUCUCAGAGAACUUAGUUAAACGUCUAGCUCUGACACGGACUCACUCAAGGAUAUCCAUUGCUGGUAUUGGAGAAACUGCAUCAGGAACAACGAAUGGAAUUACGCAGCUCACCCUGAAGUCCCGUCACUCCAACACUAAAGUAACGUUCCGGGCUCACAUCCUAAAACGGCUCACAUCGACAUUGCCAUCCUUUUCAGCAGGUAAGCGUCAUUGGUCACACCUAGAUGAGCUCACUCUUGCUGAUCCCGGAUUUCUCACUCCGGGGCCCAUCGAGAUUCUGAUAGGAGCGGACACGUAUGGCCGGAUACUGGAAUCGGAAGUGGUAAAGGGAGAACCACACUCACCAGUAGCCCAGCGUACGACGUUCGGAUGGAUCAUCUUUGGCCCAACGGAGGUUUAUCAUCCUCACCAGACCAUCUCACUACAUGCAUCAGUGGACAACCAAGUACUAAACGACCUACUCACCAAGUUCUGGACGCAAGAAGAACUCCCAACUCCAGAACAGGCGGAAUACUCUCCACCCGAAGCCGAGUGUGAGGCUCACUUCCAGCGAACUCAUACAAGGGACAGCUCUGGUAGAUAUACUGUACGAUUACCGCUUUGUUCAUCUCCUUCCUUACUUGGAGAGUCCAAGGCACGUGCCCGGUCAUGUCUCACCAGCCUACUCAACCGGAUGUCCAAGAAGCGACGAUACGCUCAACUCUACGAGGACUUCCUACAAGAAUAUGCCGAUCUGGGGCAUAUGACGCCUCUCUCUGACUCUGCUCACCAGACAUGCUCAUAUUACAUACCUCAUCACGGUAUUCUCAAGGAAAGUAGCGAGACAACCAAACUCAGGGUUGUCUUCAAUGGGUCCAGUAAGACUAGCUCCGGAACAUCGCUCAACGACAUCAUGUACACCGGAGCUAAGAUACAACGGGACCUCUCGGAUGUGCUAUUGUGGUACAUCAGGGCGACUGGCCACUCCAACAAAUACUCUGGACGGACUCCACGGGCCAAGUCACCACGUACCAACUCACUACGGUCACGUACGGCACAAGAUGCUGCUCCAUUUCUGGCCGGACGUGUUCUCCAACAAUUAGUAACGGACGAAGGAAAUAGGUUUCCCUUGGCAAUCUCUCCACUAACACAAGGAAGGUAUGUGGAUGACAUCUGCGGUGGCGCGGAGACAGAAGAAGAUCUACAAGAGGUCGCUCAACAAGUACAAGGCCUUUGCUUCGCGGGCGGAUUUCAGUUAGCAAAAUGGCACAGCAACAGCUCCACACUCGUUGCUUCUGUCGCUCCCAAGGAUCUCUCACGGGAGCAACCCGAUGAAUCUCUCACGCGGAUUCUUGGACUCUCCUGGCUACCUACGGCGGAUACGUUCUCAUUCUUCAUUAACCUUCAAGAAGACUCACCAAUCACCAAGAGAACCAUACUUUCCGAAAUGGCACGACUGUUUGACCCUCUUGGUUUCCUCUCGCCGGUGUUAAUCAGGGCCAAGAUCCUUUUACAAGGACUGUGGAUAGAGAAACUGGGGUGGGACGAACAACUCUCACCUCAGACAACUCACCAAUGGACUCAAUUCAGGGAAGAGCUCACUCAAUUAGCGGACAUCUCCAUACCCCGGUGGCUCGGACUGGAGAAAAACUCCACCGUAGAACUACACGGGUUUUCGGAUGCAUCUCAACUGGCCAUGGCCGCAGCGGUUUACCUCAAGGUCUCAACUACCCACGGAACACGAGUUACCCUGGUCUGUUCAAAAACCAAGGUUGCUCCCCUCAAGAGGCUCACCAUUCCUCGACUGGAGCUCACAGCGGCAGUUCUCCUGACCAAGCUCGCUAGGUAUGUACGAGAUCAGCUCCAUCUCACCAACGUACCCGUGUUUCUCUGGACAGAUUCUUCGGUCACGCUCACAUGGUUACACUCUCAUCCAUCAAGAUGGAAGGAGUACGUCAGAAACAGAGUCUCGCUCGUUCAGGAAACAGUCUCACAAGGACAAUGGCGCUUCGUGCCUGGCAAGGAGAACCCAGCCGAUUGUGCAUCAAGGGGACUCACGCCGAAACAAUUAACACAUCAUCAUUUGUGGUGGAGCGGCCCACCUUGGUUGAAGGACAAUUCUUCAAGGUGGCCAUUACUAACGACAUCACCGGAUCUCGCUGCGGAUCUUGAGGAGAAGCCUGGCGUCCUUCUCAACGUUGCAACUCAACAAACUAAUAUCUGGCAACUCGUGAACAGAUAUUCCUCGCUCACCAAGCUGCUUCGGAUCACGGCGAUCUGCAAGAGAUUCGUCUCUACACUCAAGAAGCUACCCGGCUCCUCUCUUGCGACACCGCUCACUCCUAGCGACAUAGACGAAGCUCGACUCUAUUGGAUUAAGGCCACUCAAACAGCAUACUUUAAGGCUGAACUCAAGACGAUCUCCAGAGGGCAGCAGUUCAAGAAGUCACACCCUCUGACCCGAUUAACGGCCUUCAUUGACCAACACGGAAUCUUGCGAGUUGGUGGACGGCUACGCGCGGCAAAUCUCGAUCUGGAUAGCAAACAUCAAGUUAUUCUUCCGAAGGAAUCUCACCUCGCUCAGCUCAUUAUUCGUGACGCCCAUGAGAGAACACUUCAUGGCGGAACGCAACUCACAUCAGCUUACCUCCGACGAUCCUACUGGAUUAUUGGAGGAAGAGCCCCGGUGAGAUUUUACAUUCUCAAAUGUGUACGCUGUGCUCGUCAACGUGGCGUGCGAGCACAGCAACUCAUGGGACAACUUCCAGCCGCUCGACUCACUCCCUCUCGAGCUUUUCUACAAACAGGAGUUGACUACGCUGGCCCGGUCUCACUCAAAUCAUGGACAGGACGUGAUCACAAAACCCACAAGGGUUGGAUGGCCAUUUUCGUGUGUAUGGUCACCUCAGCCGUACAUAUCGAGGUAGUCUCCGACUACUCUACAGAAGGGUUCAUCUCAGCGUUCCGAAGAUUCAUAAGUCGCCGGGGAGUUGCUCAACACUUAUACAGUGAUCAAGGAACCAAUUUCAUUGGCGCAGAUAAGGAACUCAAACGACUCUUCACCAUUGGAACAAAGGAGGCAACCCAUCUCUCCACCCUUCUAUUGAACGACGGGACUCACUGGUCUUUUAAUCCUCCUGGAGCACCCCACUUUGGUGGGAAAUGGGAGGCCGCAGUAAAGUCGGUCAAGUUCCAUCUCAGGAGAACCAUCGGUGAAUCUCCUCUCACAUUUGAAGAACUCACCACUUUACUAGCUCAAAUCGAAGCGUGCUCAACUCACGACCAUUGGAACCACUCUCGGAUGACCCGGAUGAUCUCUCUGCGCUCACCCCCGGGCACUUUCUCAUUGGCGAGGCUCCAAGCUCUAUCCCUGAACCUUCACUGGAACAUCUCAACAUUUCGCGACUCUCUCACUGGCAGAAUGUACAACAACGGAUGCAAUCGUUCUGGAAAAGGUGGUCCACCAGCUAUCUGCAACAACAGCAGUCUAUCUCAAAGUGGCAUCACCCUUCCCACAACAUUAUGA